AUGCCUAAUGUAUCUAAAACCAAAAACUUGACACUUGGUAAAUUUUUGUCCCUUCAAAACUCACACUUAGUAGCUUUCAGAAACCCUCUCACCGUCAAAGAAGAAACCUCAGUGAAAUUUUUUUGUCUCUUUUUCAAUUUUCCUUUUCUCCAAAACACUUCGUUCGCGAAAGUGCGACACUCAGCUAUCACCCUGAUCAUCAUAUCGCACUUCGCCACUCAGCUCAUCACCUUCGCCCCCCACUCAGCUCAUCACUUUCGCCACUCUCCGUCGCCACUCACCGUCGCUCCUAUUCUCCGCUCACCAUUCACCACUCAGCAUUCACCACUUGCCACUCACCAUCGCUUCUAUACGCCCUUCUGCAUUGAUCGUCGCUGCAUGCUCCCCAUCGUCGUCUCUGCGAUCGGCAUCGUCCUCUCUGCGCUCACCAUCAUCGAGAAGGUGAACUCGUGGACUGUAGCAGGAAUAGGAGGCUUUACUGUUCGUGGACUUCGUGUCGUAGACUUCACGAUUCUCUUUUCAUCGAAGUGCAAGAUCACUUGGAGGAUUUUAAUUGGUGUUGCCAUGGAAUAUGUAAUCCGACAGCCCAUUCCAGAGAUUGAGCAUUAAGAUCCAGUUGCAUCUGAAGCAUUCCAUGAAUGGUAACCGCCGAUGAUUUAGAUCGAGUCUCCAUUUGGAACUGGGAACACCGCCAAUGCUGCUCUGCUCUCUGCUCGCCCGGUCUUCAUCAAGAAUUUGUUUCAAUAUAUGUUCAAUUCAGUCGCAGAUGUUAGGUGCUCUAUUUGACAUCAAUUUGUUUUUUUUCUCUUCUAUCAGAAGAUUAAUAACUUUUAUUAGAAGAUACUUGUGUAGGAUACAAUAUUUUGGUUUUUUAUAGUUUAGUAGUAAUAAAUUCUAAGUGAUCUAAUGUAUAUUUUGAUAUGGGUAUGUUUAAUUUAG